UGUCAGGAGAGAAAAUUGUUGCUGCCUUUUCGAGGCGUUUUUAAUAUAGGAUUUUAACCUACAAUUACCAACUGUGUAAUCAUUAUCUACUUUAUCUGCAAUUAAAAGUGGUUCACAGUUACAAAAAUUGCAAUCAACAGGGUUGAGAAAUUUCAUUCAUUCUUAAAUAAGCACAGAAGCAGCUUAUCAGGACUACUUAUAAAUUAAUAAUUUAUUAAUAACCUACAAAAUACCAUCAUGACAGACAUGACCGGCAAGGUUAUCAAAUGUCGAGCUGCAGUUGCUUGGAAAGCAAAGGAACCAUUAUCAAUCGAAGAAAUUGAAGUAGCUCCACCAAAAGCACAUGAAGUUCGAAUGAAAGUUGUACAUAAUGCUCUUUGUCAUACUGAUGCUUAUACUUUAGAUGGUUUCGAUUCUGAAGGAACUUUUCCCUGUAUUCUUGGUCACGAGGGUGCCGGAAUCGUUGAAAGUGUCGGCGAAGGUGUUACCGAGUUUCAGCCGGGUGAUCAUGUGGUUCCUCUCUAUAUUCCUCAAUGUGGAGAAUGUAAAUUUUGCAAGUCGCCAAAAACAAAUCUUUGCAGUAAAAUUCGUUUGACUCAAGGAAAGGGAUUGAUGCCUGAUGGAACUUCACGUUUUACAUGCAAAGGCAAAAUACUCGCUCAUUUUAUGGGAUGUUCAACAUUUUCUGAAUACACUGUCGUUGCUGAUAUUUCUCUUGCUAAGAUUGAUCCAACUGCUCCAUUGGAUAAAGUUUGCCUUCUUGGCUGUGGAGUUUCAACUGGAUAUGGAGCAGCUUUAAAUACAGCAAAAGUUGAGCGAGGAAGUAGUUGCGCAAUUUGGGGAUUAGGAGCCGUUGGUUUGGCCGCUGCACUUGGAUGUAAAGCUGCCGGAGCAACUCGAAUUAUUGGCGUAGACAUUAAUCCCAGCAAAUUUGAAAAAGCGAAAGUUUUUGGUUGCACUGAAUUUGUUAAUCCGAAAGAUCACAACAAACCAAUUCAGGAAGUCCUCGUGGAAAUGACCGACGGAGGUCUUGAUUAUACAUUCGAAUGUGUUGGAAAUGUUCAAACAAUGAGAGCUGCUUUGGAAUCAUGUCACAAGGGAUGGGGUACUUCAGUUAUUGUUGGUGUAGCUCCUUCCGGUCAGGAAAUUAGCACUCGUCCAUUUCAAUUAGUAACUGGAAGAGUUUGGAAAGGAACUGCCUUCGGUGGUUGGAAAUCAAAAGAAAGUGUUCCAAAACUUGUUAAAGAUUAUCAAGAGAAAAAAUUAAUUCUAGAUGAAUUUAUUACUCAUAAUUUACCAUUGGAUAAAAUUAAUGAGGGUUUUAAAUUACUUCAUUCUGGAGAUUGCCUAAGAACUGUUAUUCAUUUUUAAAGAAACAUUUUUUAUUGCCCAAAUAUUAUUAAUUAAUCACUGAUUCAAUAAUAUUCAACAAAAAAAGGUAAUGUAACAUUUCUAUUUUUGUAACAUAACUAUUUUCUAAAAUUAAUGUUUAGAAAAUAAUUUUUUAUUGCUGAUAAAUAAAGUUUCUGAUUAAAGGAAAAAAAACACAAUAUAAGCAAA